AUGUCCACCCUCUUGGCAUCCUCAGCCGCCUCUUUUGCCAUUUUGACGGCCUCCUCUACCCUCGCCAGCGCAUUCUUCGCACUUGUGGCUGCUUCAUUGGCUUUCUUCUCGGCCUCCGUGGCCUUCUCCACCGUCAGGUUGGCCUUGAUCUCCGCCAUGUCGGCGUGGAACGCGGACUCCGUGGCCUUCUUCUUGGUCAGCCUCGACAGCCGCUGCACCUCCCCGCGGUUCGGGCGCCCCAUGGCACUCUUCGCCGCACCAUCAGCGCUGUCCUUCGCCUCCCGCACUCUCGCCAGUGCCAGGGCAGCGUCCCGCAUGGCCUCGGUCGCCUUCUUCACCGCAUCCUCGGCGUACCCCGCCGCAUCCUUUGCAUACGUCGCCAUACGGUUCGCUUCCGCCGCUGCUGCUAUGGCCCCCGUUGCAGCCUCCUCGGCCUUCUUCGACGGGUCAGCAACGGUCGCAAUCUGUGACUGCGCCUCGGUCCGGAGACCCCCAUCUGCCGUGGUGCUUGAAGGGCUCAGUGUCGUCUUCGGUGACACCGCAGCAUUUUCUGUAGAGCCUGCUCCUGCUGCUGUAACGCACAGGGAUGUGCAGCAGAAGGCGAUGGACACCACGAACAGUACGUGGCGCAACAUCAUCGUAUUCUUGUUGCCUUGGUAG